ACAUAAUAAUAUCAGAAAUUAAGAGAUGGCGAGGGACGAGGUGCCUGUGAUCGAUAUGCAAAAGGGUGAUGGAUUGGCUGAGGAAAUAAUGAAGGCUUGUGAAGAAUGGGGUUGUUUUAGGAUGGUCAACCAUGGUGUUCCGGCGGGGCUCAUGGCGGAGAUGAAGGCGGUGAUCGCCUCACUUCUUAGUCUUCCCGAUGAGAUCAAGAAACGGACGGUUCAUAGCGAACAAGGUAAGGGCUACCUUCAACGCAACCCAGGAACUCCAUUUUUCGAGACUUUAAGUAUAGACGAUAUCUUCUCACCCGAUGAGUUCUAUGAUCUCCUCGAAGCCUCCCCUCACCAAAGGGAUAUUAUAAACACGUAUAUGAAAGCUACUCGUGAUGUUGCCAAACUUCUUGGCCAGAAGUUAAUGGAAGGUAGUGGUUUAGCCGGAGAUUUAUUCGACAGAUAUUGUUGCCAAAUGAGAAUGAACAAAUACCAUUAUUGCCAAGAAAGCGUUGGGUUAAGCGGCGUCGGCAUGCACUCCGACCCUACAUUUCUGACCAUUUUACACGAUGACGAUAAGGUAAACGGUCUGCAAGUGGUUGAUAAAUACUCCGGUGAGAUAAUUUCUGUAGAUCCCGUUCCCGGUACCCUAGCUGUGAAUAUCGGCGAUAUUGGCAAGGCAUGGAGCAAUGGGAGAUUUUGUAGCGUGAAACACAGAGUCUGGUCUUUUGAACCGAAAACACGUUACUCGAUAGUCUUAUUCAUGUUAGGACCGAAGGACAAGAAGGUGGAAGCACCACCGGAACUUGUGGACUCGGAACAUCCUCGUCUUUAUGUUCCUAUUGAUUUCAAAGAGUACAGACAUGUUCGAACUUCUCAUAGGUUACACACUGGUGGCGCCCUUGAGUUAUUUAGAACCACUAAUACCAUGGCGUGAAAGAUAUCAGUGAAAUGUUUCUCCUAAUAAAAACUUUAUAUGGGUUAAUUUGAUCCUUUGCAAUCAUCUUGAAUGUAUUAAUUUGUGGCCGAGUUUAUAUAUGUAUAUCUGUUUAAUUUAAGUUUACGUUCACUUAGAAA